AAUGACAUUGAAGCUGCGAGUCGAGCUUUCAGUAAACUAAAUGUGACAGAAGUAGAGGUGAACCUCAGCUAUUGCAUACAUUGCUUCAUGAAAAGCAUCGUUGUGUCACCUGCAACGCCUGUUCUCUGAUGCGCCGAAUAUUUCCUUGAAUAACCGGCACCUUGACAGAGCAACCACUAACUUGAAGUUAGCAGUGGAGAUAUGUAUGCUGAAUUGUUUUAUAUAUGCCUCGCGCGCUUAUUGCUGGUCGGGGCGUGGACACAGAGACCCGUGAUAAAAGAGUGCUCAGAACUACAGACCUUCCGGGUGAGCGAUAUCAUCAUCACAGACGCAAGCAUUUCUCAACUCACGACAGCCAGGUUUACGCUCACACUGACAAAACCACUAGGAAACAAACCAAAACUGAAACUAACAUUGAGGAAAAAGAGUGGUAUCAAAGUUCCCUGCUUACUUGGAUACGGCAGUUGCACAUAUAAGCUCUGUGAAGGAACAACCAAACAGGAACAAGCCUUAGCGAGAAUGUGGGGGAACCGUUGUCCAGUCCCAGCCUUCGAAGAGACUCCAGUAAUACAAUUCCCAAUGCUUCCGGCUAUGCAAAUGAUCAUAGGAAUUGCCCCAACGAAGUUUACCAUGCGAUUUGAAGUGACUAACGGUAAUAAAACCGUGGGUUGUCAGUCAUUUAAAGUGGAGAUAAGACGCGGUAAACAGAAACUAGUCGGAGGCAUGCAGGAGAAGGCUGUUGGUUUGGAGGAAUGAGCAAAAACUUGACGCAUGGCUUAGCAAUCAGUUAUAAGUGCCAUGCGAAACAAACUCAUUGCUUGCUUCAUUUCGUCGUCGCAUAUGGACAUGCCUUGACUUUCAUGUCAUCCACUUGAACUGUCGCAUUCGCGUGCAUCUCGACUUUGAACUAGACAAAAAUAAACCACUCAGCAUCCUUCA